UAACUACGACCCCCAGCGAACAAAACUUGCUGGCCGCCAUUACCAACAUGGCGUCCAUCAUUGGUUCGGAAGUUGAAAUUCAAGAAGUUGAGGUGGAAUCGAUCCCUGUUGAAGUGCCGAUAGAGACAGUUGAAACGACUGAUGAAACAAUUGAAGUGCAACCUAUGAUAGCUUUACAACCCUUGCCAGAUGGACAGGAAGAAAUAAUUUUACAAACUCGUGAGGAAGUCGUCGGUGAUCCUCACCUCGUGUAUGUUGACAGUAUACCUGUUCCUGCGCCUGAAAUAGAAGUAUCUACAGAAGAAAUUUGUACAUAUAGAAAGGGCAAAGGGAGUAAAAAGAAAGGAAGUCGCUCAAAAAAUUAUGUUAGUGCUGGAACACUUGGAGAAUUGAACUUUGAUUCGCCUUCAUCAUCGAAGAAAUGGGAACAAAAACAGGUUCAAAUAAAAACUUUGGAAGGAGAAUUUUCAGUAACAAUGUGGGCUACGGGUGGGGAUGACAAAAUAAAACUAGAAGAUGAAGUAUCAGAAACAGAUGCUGAUUUUACAGAAUAUAUGACUGGCAAAAAACUGCCACCGGGUGGUAUUCCUGGACUUGAUUUAAGUGACCCAAAACAACUUGCAGAAUUUGCCAGUCUCCAGCCAAGAGACAUGCAGUUGCUACAGCACUCAAGAAUAAAGCCAAGAAAAGCUGCAGAUGAUGUGCCAAGAACUGUUCCUUGUCCACACAAGGGUUGCAAUAAAAUGUUUCGUGAUAACUCAGCCAUGCGCAAACAUCUACACACACAUGGACCAAGGGUACAUGUCUGUGCAGAAUGUGGAAAAGCCUUUGUUGAAAGUUCUAAGUUAAAACGGCAUCAACUUGUACACACAGGGGAGAAACCAUUUCAGUGUACAUUUGAAGGCUGUGGUAAAAGAUUUUCACUAGACUUUAACUUACGGACACAUGUUAGAAUACAUACAGGGGACAGACCAUAUGUUUGUCCAUUUGAUGGCUGCAAUAAAAAGUUUGCACAGUCUACCAACCUCAAGUCUCAUAUACUAACACAUGCUAAAGCAAAUGCUGUUUCAAAUACAGAAAAGAUAAUGACAUUUGAUGAUGGUUUAGUAUUAAGUCAAGCAUCUGCUUACCAACUGCCUAAUCAAGAAACAACAUUAAUUGGUUAUGCAUAUGAAGAGCAAUGAAGGAACAAUAGUAGAUGUAUAUAAAACAUUUAGAUUUUAUUUGCAAAUGACCGUUUAUUGUAUUUGGUGAUAUGUCAUCACCAUCGAGUCAGGAAGACAGUAUGUGUUCAGUAGUAAGGAAGAGAUAGAAGUUCUACAGGGAUUACAUUGAAUGAAAAGGAUAAGAUCAUGCUUGUCAGCACUGAAGUUCACAGAUUCAUUGUUCGUUGAAAUCGUUUCCCCUGUAAUAUGAUUUCUAUAUAUAGAUUUCUAUGGCUUCUCAUUCUGUAAAAAAUAUGGGAAAACUAAUCAUUUGUAGAUAUGUUCAUAUGUCAUACUUCUGUUUUUUCAUGUCAUAAACAAUUGAAAUUAGAGCUGUGAUUGCAAAAGAAAACAUGGAAAAUGAUUGGGUCAAAUUGUUAUAAUUCUGGGAAAGGGCUAGUUCAUGUUUCUGUGCUUCCCAUCACAUUGACAAUGCAUAGAUGUUAAUUUUAUGUGUGUUUUGUCACAACUAAUGUACUAUUCUUUAAUAAUGAAUGCAAUUUAUUUAUUCUGUAACAUAAUGUUUGUAUUUUGAAUUGUGUAAAAUACAAUUGAUUUUUGGAAUAUCUAUCUCAAGUUAAAUUAUUCGCCUCAAAUACUUUCUGGGCUGUGCAUCUUAUCAAUAUUUACACAUAUGGAAGAAAGUCAAGUUCAAUCACUUAAACCUAAAAAAAAAAGUUUACAGAAAAGAGAUAUAUUUUUCUUUAUAUUAAAUAGCAAGCCAUUCUGAAGUGAUGUAAGACAAUUUUAAUGCUUUAUGUUAAAAUUAUAAAACUUUGUUUCCAACUUAAAAAUCUGAACUUAAAUAGUUCAGUUAUGGUAAGAAUUUGGUGAGGAGACAGUCUUUAUAUAUGACUUUAAGAUAAAGAAUGAAUGAUCAAAU